AUGUGUACACCACAGACGCUGCAACGGACACCCAACGGACACCCAACGGACACCACAACAGACGCCACAACGGACAUAACAACGGACAUAGCAACGGACUUAACAACGGACACCACAACGGACAUAGCAACGAAAUUAACAACGGACACCACAACGGACAUAGCAACGGACGCCACAACGGACAUAGCAACGGACACCACAACGGACAUAGCAACGGACAUAGCAACGGACACCACAACGGACGCCACAACGGACGCCACAACGGACAUAGCAACGGACACCACAACGGACGCCACAACGGACGCCACAACGGACACCACAACGGACAUAGCAACGGACUUAACAACGGACAUAGCAACGGGCAUAACAACGGACGCCACAACGGACAUAACAACGGACACCACAACAGACGCCACAACGGACUUAACAACGGACACCACAACAGACGCCACAACGGACUUAACAACGGACACCACAACGGACAUAGCAACGGACUUAACAACGGACACCACAACAGACAUAGCAACGGACUUAACAACGGACACCACAACGGACAUAGCAACGGACUUAACAACGGACACCACAACAGACAUAGCAACGGACUUAACAACGGACACCACAACGGACAUAGCAACGGACUUAACAACGGACACCACAACGGACAUAGCAACGGACUUAACAACGGACACCACAACGGACAUAGCAACGGACUUAACAACGGACACCACAACGGACAUAGCAACGGACUUAACAACGGACACCACAACGGACAUAGCAACGGACUUAACAACGGACAUAGCAACGGACACCACAACGGACAUAGCAACGGACUUAACAACGGACACCACAACAGACGCCACAACGGACUUAACAACGGACACCACAACGGACAUAGCAACGGACUUAACAACGGACACCACAACGGACAUAGCAACGGACUUAACAACGGACACCACAACAGACAUAGCAACGGACUUAACAACAGACAUAACAACGGACACCACAACAGACACCACAACGGACAUAGCAACGGGCAUAGCAACGGACGCCACACCCAAACCUUCAUUCUAA